AUGCCCACCAUCCCAGCCCGUCGCUCCGCUCAUCAACGACUGCACGUCGGCCAAUCAAUCAAGAUCAUAAACACCUCCGGAAGCCAAGUCAUCGACACCUGGGCAUUCACCAUCCCAUCAACUCCCGUCUUCCCAAGAUACAUGUCAAUGGCACACACUCGACCCACUUUACAGAAACUCCUCCCAUCCGUUAACGAAUCAUUCGUCGACAACAACCGGAACCCUAUUUUGACCAUCGUCGAGGACACAUCUCCCGGCACGCACGAUGUUCUCUACGCUGCUUGCUCUCCAGAACGAUACCUCGAACUUGGUGGUACCGCGGACCAUGAUAACUGUGCCCAGAAUCUUCGCGAUGCUGUGCAGCAGUGUGCUGAGCCAGCGUUCAGCCGUGUUUUGGGGUUCCUUGAGAGUGGAUGGACGCCUGAUCCGCUGAAUUUGUUCAUGAAGGUCGAUAUUAAUGGGAAUAAGUUGAAGGUUUUGGAGCCGGACAGUAAGGUGGGGGAUUAUGUGGUUUUGAGGGCGGAGCAGGACAUCAAGACUAGAAAGGAUCCAGAUACUGUAUUAAUUAUCUUUAUUACAAUUAUUGAUAUUCUUUUGAAUAUUUCUUCCCGGCGGCUGAGAAAGAGUAUCAAAUAG